CCGGCGGCGCGGCUCGCGGCGUCAUGAAACUGGCAGAGGAGGGCCGCCGGCUGCUGCUGGCGCUGGCGGUCGGAGCGCUCGCGAGCGCUCGUGAGCAGGAGUCGGCCAGCCAAACGCACGAGGCUGACGGCGACUACCGCUUUGUUUCACACUCGGAGCUGCAGGCGUCUCUGGAUCACUUCUCACCCGAGAAUACCACGAGGUUCUCCGAGAUUCUCUUCGACAUUCAGAAGUACCAGAUCAUCGUCGGCGCCAGGGACCACCUGUACCGGCUCAGCGUGCGUGGCCUGCAGGAGCUCGAGUCGGCGCCUUGGCCGGCGCCCGCCGCCACCGUCACCAUGUGCGAGAACAAGGGCCAGACGGCCGCCGACUGCCACAACUUCGUGCGCGUGCUGCACCGGCACGGCGAGCGGCUGCUGGCGUGCGGCACCAACGCCUUCCAGCCGCUCUGCUCGUGGCGUCGCCUCAGCUCCCUCCGCUCGGUGCUCGCCACCGAGUCGGGCAUCGCCGUCAGCCCGUACGCGCCGCAGCUGAACGUGACGUCGCUGGUGACGUCAGAGGGCGCCGUAUUCGCCGCCACGCCGACCGACUUCUCGGGGCUCGACCCGGCGAUCUUCCGCGGCGGCGGCGGCGGCGCGCCCAGCCUGCGCACGAGCAAGUACGACAGCCGUCUGCUCAGCGCGCCCGACUUCGUCGGCUCGUUCGAGUCCGGCCCGUUCGUCUACUUCGUGUUCCGCGAGGACGCCGUCGAGUACAUGAGCUGCGGCAAGCGUGUGUACUCCCGGAUCGCGCGGGUGUGCAAGAACGACCGCGGCGACCGGCGCCAGGUGUGGACGACGGCCGUGAAGGCGCGCCUCAACUGCUCCGUGUCGGGCGAGUACCCGUUCUACCUGGACGAGGUGCAGGGCGUGCACUACCUGGACCGCGAGGAGGUGCUCUACGCCACGUUCACCACCUCCGACAACGGCCUGGCCGCAUCCGCCGUGUGCGCCUUCAACAUGUCGGCGAUCGCGUCGGCGUUCGCCGGGCCGUUCCAGCACCAGCCGGUGCCGGACGGCGCGUGGCAGCGGCGUCAGCUGGACCACACACACUUCGAGUGCGGCUCGCCUGAGCUGACCUCGCGCCACGAGCUGGCCGAGCUGUCGCACUACUCGCUGAUGCACGAGGCCGUACAGCCUGAGCAGCUGGACCCGCUGUACAGGCUGGACGGUGUCAGACUGACGGCCGUCGCCACUGACAUCAUCACCACCAAGCACCACGUGUCGGUGCACGUGCUGUUCGUGGCGGACACGGCCGGCACCAUCAGGAAGCUGAGCGUGGUGCCGCGCUCGCGGCAGACGUGCCUGCUGGAGGUGCUGCAGCCGUUCGCGGCGCCCACCACCAUCCUCACCAUGAGGCUGCUGAGCGAGGCGGGCUCUUUGUACCUGGGCACGGACUCGGCGCUGGUGCGUGUGCCGGUGCAGCGCUGCGAGCGGUACCGGAGCGAGACCAGCUGCCUGGGCGCCAUGGACCCGUACUGCGGCUGGGACGCGGCGCGCGCCCUCUGCAGCCCGCCACCCGGCCGCAGUCCGGACGCACCCUCCUGGCGGCAGCCGGUGACACAGUGCCCCGACCUCAGCCGACCCGUCGACGGCGGCUGGAGCGCCUGGAGCGCAUGGCGCCAGUGCCGGCAGGUGGUCGAGGGCGAGGACGCCGGCGAGCCGUGCCUGUGCCGGCGGCGCGCCUGCUCGAGCCCGACGCCGGCGCGCGGCGGCGCGCAGUGCGCCGGCCUCGCCGCCCAGGUCACAAAUUGCACGCGCCACGGCGGCUGGACCGGCUGGUCGGCCUGGUCGGCGUGCUCACACCCGUGCGGCGUGGCCAUCAAGUCGCGGCGCCGCUCGUGCGCCAACCCGUCGCCGGUGCACGGCGGCCGCGGCUGCACCGGCGCCGAUGCGCAGGAGAUCAUGUGCCACUCGAACCCGCCGUGCCCCACCGAGACCACCCUGCCGGUGGACGGCGGCUGGGGGCGCUACGGCGCGUGCGGCGCGCAGCCCGAUGGCCGCCAGCAGCGGUUCCGGUUCGAGUGCGCGGCGCCGGUGGCGGAGCCCGGCCUGAUCCGGGUGUCGUCAGUCCGGCUGGACGAGCGGCACUGUGACGCCGAUGGACGCUGCUCGCCAGCCAACUGGACGGGCCUGGGCUGGGGCGACUGGAGUCCGUGGUCCGAGUGUUCCGUCCCUUGCGGCGGCGGUGUGCAGACCAAGUCUCGCACGUGCGACGGAGACAGCGCCGCCUGUCUGGGACCCAGCCGCGUGGAGCAGGAGUGUAACGUUCAACGCUGCAAAGGCGACUGGUCCUGCUGGUCCGAGUGGUCCGCCUGCAGCGUCGCCUGCGGUGGGGGCCGUCGCCGGCGCGAC